AUGGCCGAUGAGUACGAGCUCGCUGCAGCUCCUGGUUCCUCAGCUUCAGUAAACACAACGAUGCCGCCAGAGGAAGCUGAGGAAUUACAUGCUGUGGAUGCGCGAUUGCAUAAGAGCACGCUGAGAAAGUUGGACUGCUUGUUACUUCCGUUUCUAGCGCUGCUGUUCUUGUUUAAUGCGCUCGAUAAGUCAAAUAUUGGAAAUGCAGAAUCCGCGCACUUUACGGCGGAUGUCGGACUAGACAAGGGCGCGCUGAAUACCGCUGUUGCGCUCUUCUUCGCCUUCUUCGUUACAUUACAACCUGUCGGCGCGGCGCUGGGAAGAAGAUAUGGCAUGGUGCUCUGGGUACCUAGUUGCAUGAUUCUUUGGGGAGUAUGCACGGCGUUGCAUGCGUGGGUACGGCAUAGAUGGCAGCUUUAUACGUUGCGCAUACUCAUCGGGUGUCUUGAAGCGGGAUUCUACCCGGUCACCGUCACAUAUCUCUCCCUCUUCUACACACGCUUCGAGUUCGGCAGACGGCUCUCAUUCUUUUACGGUCAGGCAGCCGUCGGCGGUGCUCUCGGUGGCCUUAUAAGCUACCUUGUCUUCUCCCAUUUCGAGAAUGACGAGGAAGGCUCGGACAAAGAUUGGCGACCGUGGCAGGUGCUGUUUCUACUCGAGGGCAUACUCACUAUCGUUGUGGCAUUCAUCGGAUACUUCUGGUUACCACACAGCAUAGAGACGGCAUGGUUUCUGACACCCGAGGAACGUCAGUAUGCAUCGGCGCGUGUUGUGAGAGAUCGAGACAUACAGAAUGCGCCUGCGGCCGUUCAAGAAGACGAGCACGAAACGGAAGAUACCUACGACGAGGAGUCCCGAGGCCUUCUUGACUCGUCCAAGCAUUCGGCCUCCACAAUCACACCAACACGACAACUGGUGGAUGACCGUGGACUCAGUCCCCACGAUAUACUAUCCGCAGUCUUCAACACCAAGAUAUGGCACAUUCUAGCCUGCAAUGUCCUGUCCGCCGUCCCGGUCUAUGCCUUCUCCGUUUUCCUCCCGCUGGUACUAGCACCUCUGACCGAGGACGCGAACCCUGCGCUCAUCAACUUGCUCACUGCGCCGCCACAUAUUUGUGGAGCCAUCGUACUAUACUUCGCCGCUAGCUAUAGCGACAAGCAUCGCAUACGUCUCAAGCCGAUCAUGUUAGGUCUGCUCAUCAUGGUAGCGGGGUUGAUUCUCGUGGUUUUGCUCCCAAGCUCAUGGGCAGUACCCCGCUAUAUUGCCCUUAACAUCCUCCUCUCUGGUACCUACAUUGCUUCCCCACUCACUGUGGCCUGGAUAUCUGGUAACACACCAUCACCCGGCAAGCGGGCAUUGCUCCUUGGUAUUAAUGGCUGGGGUAAUCUUGCUGGAGUCAUUUCAGCCAUCCUGUUCCGACCAAAAUAUGCCGCAGGUGGCUAUAUCGUGCCUUUUUGGUGGACACUUGCGUCUGUUGCAUUAGCGGCGAUUGGCUACGUGCUUUUCUACAGACGCUUGAAGCUCGAGAACGAGACGAGGCAGGAUAUUUUGCGCAAGUGGAGUGAAGAUGACGUUGAGGCGGAGAGAAUGCAUGGUAGAGGACCGCUACCGCAGAAACAGCAGUGGCUGAGGAAAGCCAUCGACGUGUCGCGGUCGCAUUCGAAGCUUGCCUCCAUAAGUGGUUGGCUUGAGCAGGCUGUUCGAGGUAGGGAGGGUGACGAUAGGCUUACGUUUGUUUAUGGACUGUGA